GAAAUGAAUGAAAUUCUAUUAAAAUUUAUUUUUUUAUUUAUUUUCACAAUAAUUUUUAUAAAAAUAAAUUCCCAAUUAAUUAAAGAAGAAGGACAACAACAACAAAGGCUAUCACAAUGCAAUGAUUGGGAAUUUGAAUGUAAAGAUGGAAAUUGUAUUGCACGUUAUGAUCAAUGUGAUGGAAUAAUACAAUGCCCUGAUGGAUCAGAUGAAGAUAAUUGUCGGAAUAGAUAUGAGCAACAUCCAAGAAAAGAUGCUGCCUCAAUUCACUCUUCAACAAAAUCUUCAAUAGUCAAAUCUACUUCAAAACCAAAAACAAAACUUCAAGAAAAACCUUCCCCCAAAUAUUUAUUGUUUGGGGCAAUUAUUUUAUUAAUUUUAAUUAUUAUCGGGAAUAUAUUUUCAAAAUUAAAAAAUAAAUACAAACAAAGAAGAAAUGCUGGAUUUCAUGGAUUUAGAAAAGGAGAAAGUUUAAUUGAAGAAGAAGACGAUUUAUUAAUUGCACAAGCCUACAGUAGUUAA